AAUCCGAGCGGCCUCACAUGUUUUUGUGUUGGUCGUUGGACACUGAAGUGCCGAGAGAGAAACUGCGAGCGGAGCCGAAUGUUCCCAGAUGUGAGUGGAACCCGCCGCACGGAGGACGCGCCGCCCCGCGACACCGGACCCAGUCAGGAUCCUGUAGGACCAUGACGCUGGUGUUCCAGGGAUCUGAUUGGUGGGUAGUUGGACUGGUGGCUCUGAUGUCUUAUCUUGAGUGAACCUGCUCCGGAGCAGGUGAGCCGUUCAGCAUCAGUUACCAAGGACAAAGAAACUUUUAUCUUACGUCAGACAGAUUUCAGCUGCGUUCACGUGAGAAAAAGACAGAAAGUGUUUAAUGCACAUUUUGACUGUAGAAUAGAAAAUGUUCAAAGAGCAGGAGCUCUUGAGCUCAUGUUUGAAGAACGACAGAGAGACGCCCUCAGCUGUUUGUUAAUCUUUGUCAUCUCAUUAAUAAUCAUCUAACAGCUGCUGGAAGCUGCACAGUCACAUUUAUGCGACAGGAAAUAUAUUUUCUUUCACAUGUCUGGUGCUUCACGACCAGUUUGCUUCAAUGGAGAACUGCAGUUGCAAAAGGACAAAUUGUAGAAGCCGUCGUUACCUCAGCAUAACCUGGGAGAUAGCCUAGCCUAGCUUAGCUCAGGACAGCACAGCCCUGUUAGCUAGUCCGUGACCCCCCCACCCCCACAGAAAUCAGUCUCCUACACCCCACACACCCCCGCCCCAUCCCACCUAACUUCUCCAAGUGAGUUGCCAUGGCAUCAGUGCGCUUCACGGUGACGCCCACCAAGGCAGAGGACCUCCCGGGUCUGUCGGACACUUCUCCUGACAUCAGCUCCCGCUCCGGCGCCCGCGUUCGCUUCGGCUCCAGGGAGAGCGUCAACCGGAGUGACCCGCUCAGCGACGCAUCAGGGGGAGCAGGGACGGAGACGCCCGACCACAGCAGUGUGGAACAAGGUGAUGGGAAUUCAAAGAUCUCCAGCGUCUACAUCAACAACAGUCAUUGUCUGGACGACGAUGAUUUCUACGACAAGAACUUGGCCUUGUUUGAGGAGGAGAUGGACACUCGGCCCAAAGUGUCGUCUCUGCUCAGUCGUCUGGCGAACUACACCAACCUGACGCAGGGCGCCAAGGAGCACGAGGAGGCAGAGAGCAUCGGCGAGAAGAAGAAAGCCGGCAAGUCGCCACACAUGGGGACUUUCAUGGGCGUCUACCUGCCUUGUCUCCAGAACAUCUUCGGCGUCAUCUUGUUCCUGCGGUUGACGUGGGUGGUGGGGAACGCUGGCGUGCUGCAGGCUCUGUGCAUCGUCUUCAUAUGCUGUUGCUGUACACUGCUUACUGCGAUAUCCAUGAGUGCAAUCGCCACUAAUGGAGUUGUACCAGCCGGGGGCUCGUACUUCAUGAUCAGUCGCUCUCUGGGUCCAGAGUUCGGGGGGGCGGUGGGCCUCUGUUUCUACCUGGGCACCACUUUUGCCGGAGCCAUGUACAUCCUGGGAGCCAUCGAGAUCCUGCUGAUGUACAUGGCACCAAAUGCGGCCAUUUUUGAGUCCAAGUCCCCCGAAGGCGAAGGGGCGGCAAUGUUGAACAACAUGCGUGUCUACGGCUCCAUCUGCCUCCUGCUCAUGUCCCUGCUUGUCUUUGUGGGUGUGAAGUACGUCAACAAACUGGCCUCCAUCUUCUUGGCCUGCGUCAUCGUCUCCAUUGUUUCCAUCUAUGUCGGAGCACUGGUCUCCGCCUUCAAACCGCCACAGUUUCCCGUGUGCAUGCUGGGUAACCGAACCAUCAACGGUCAUGAAAUCGAUGACAGCCAGUGUGCAAAGACCAUCCUCCUGCCGAUCCACGAGCCAGUGGAGAGAGAUGACUUCAACUUCACAACCAUCAGUGUAGAAAACAGCACUGCAGGUCCGACCUUUGACCCCAGCCCCGCUCCCUCUCUGGUGGAGAAGACCACUUAUCUGUGGAAGCAGUUUUGUCAGAGCCCAGAGCUCAACUCCUCCUGUGACCAAUACUUCACGUCCAACAACUUCUCUGAGAUUGAAGGGAUCCCCGGUCUGGCCAGUGGCAUCAUUUCAGAGAACGUGUGGAGCUCGUACCUCAGCAAAGGAGACGUGGUGGAGAAAAGCUCCCUCAGCUCCUCUCAUCUCGCUCCUCCGGCCUCCACCCACCAGCCAUACGUGUUCACUGACAUCGCCACAUCCUUCACGCUGCUGGUCGGCAUCUUCUUCCCCUCGGUCACAGGAAUCAUGGCUGGUUCAAACCGGUCGGGGGAUCUGAAAGAUGCCCAGCGCUCAAUCCCCAUUGGAACCAUCCUCGCCAUCCUCACCACCUCCAUCGUCUACCUGAGCAGCGUGGUUUUGUUCGGCGCCUGCAUCGAGGGCGUGGUCCUCCGAGACAAGUUUGGCGACUCAGUGAAAGGGAACCUGGUGGUGGGGACUCUGGCAUGGCCGAGUCCCUGGGUCAUUGUCAUCGGCUCGUUCUUCUCCACGUGCGGCGCCGGCCUCCAGUCGCUGACCGGCGCUCCCAGACUCCUGCAGGCCAUCGCUAAGGACAACAUCAUCCCCUUCCUCCGGGUGUUCGGCCACGGGAAGGCGAACGGGGAGCCGACCUGGGCCCUGCUGCUGACCACCCUGAUUGCUGAACUGGGGAUUCUCAUCGCCUCUCUGGACCUGGUGGCUCCCAUCCUGACUAUGUUCUUCCUGAUGUGUUAUCUCUUCGUGAAUCUGGCCUGUGCCCUCCAGACCCUCUUGAGGUCACCCAACUGGAGGCCACGCUUUUCUUACUACCACUGGACCUUGUCGUUUUUGGGGAUGACUAUCUGCCUUGCGCUGAUGUUCAUAUCCUCUUGGUACUACGCAAUCGUUGCCAUGGUGAUCGCUGGCAUGAUCUACAAAUAUAUUGAGUAUCACGGAGCGGAGAAAGAGUGGGGGGAUGGGAUCCGCGGUCUUUCGCUCAGUGCUGCUCGUUUCGCCCUCCUGAGGCUGGAAGAGGGACCACCGCACACGAAGAACUGGAGGCCUCAGCUGUUAGUUUUACUCAAACUGGACGAAGACGCUCACGUCAAGUCUCCUCGCCUGUUGACGUUUGCCAGCCAGCUGAAGGCGGGAAAGGGUCUGACCAUUGUCGGCACUGUCGUGUCUGGAAACUUCCUUCAGAGCUACGGAGAAGCGCUCGCUGCCGAGCAGACACUGAAGCACCUGAUGGACAAAGAGCGAGUGAAGGGCUUCUGUCAGUGCAUCGUGGCUCAGAAGCCUCGUGAAGGCAUCAGCCACAUGAUCCAGUCCAGCGGCCUGGGAGGAAUGAGACCCAACACCGUGGUGAUGGGCUGGCCUCACGCCUGGAGGCAGAGCGAGGACCCACAGUCCUGGAAGACCUUCAUCAACACGGUGCGGGUGACCACAGCAGGACACCUCGCGCUGCUGGUGCCCAAAAACAUCUCUCUGUUCCCCAGCAACAGCGAACCCUGCUCAGAGGGCUACAUCGACGUCUGGUGGAUCGUCCAUGACGGGGGGAUGCUGAUGCUGCUGCCCUUCCUCCUGCGUCAACACAAGGUGUGGAGGAAAUGUGGGAUGCGAAUCUUCACAGUGGCCCAGAUGGAGGAUAAUUCAAUCCAGAUGAAGAAGGAUUUGGCAACCUUUCUCUAUCACCUCCGCAUCGAGGCUGAGGUGGAAGUCGUCGAGAUGCAUGACAGUGACAUCAGUGCGUACACGUACGAACGGACCCUGAUGAUGGAGCAGAGGUCGCAGAUGCUCCGACAGAUGCGACUGUCUAAAUCGGACCGGGACAAAGAGGGAAACCCUGGUAGCAGCAGCAGUAGGCCAGAAGGUGGCGCUACACGGUCUCAGGCUCAGCUGGUGAAGGACCGGAACUCGAUGCUGCGUCUGACGAGCAUCGGAUCGGACGACGACGACGACACGGACGGUGGCGAGCGGGACAGGGGGCCGAGCAGCAGCAGCGGGGGCGGCGGCGGCAACUCUGAACACCAGCGCCGAGUUCAGAUGACCUGGACCAAAGAGAAGACGUCUCACUACAGAGCCACACACUCGGGCUGCUCCACACCUGAGGGCUUCAGGGACAUGCUGAGCAUCAGGCCGGAUCACUCCAAUGUCCGAAGGAUGCACACCGCCGUCAAACUCAACGAGGUCAUCGUCAACAAGUCCCACGACGCCAGACUGGUACUGCUCAACAUGCCGGGACCCCCGAGGAACUCGGAGGGAGACGAGAACUACAUGGAGUUCCUGGAGGUUCUGACCGAAGGACUGGAGCGGGUCCUGUUGGUCCGAGGAGGAGGAAGUGAAGUUAUCACCAUUUACUCCUGAUUGGACAGAGAGAGGAAGCGUUAAGUGAGCGAAGGGAGACCGAGGGGCCGUUAGCUCCGGGGGGCGUGGUCCCAGAAACAGAGACACUCAUUGGCUGCAGUGUCUGUCAUCAACACCUCAACUCGCCCUUUUCAUUUCUACACUUUUCUGUCACAGGUUUUCAUUCCGACACAAUUCCAUCAAUGAGAGACAAAACUAAUGUGUGUGUAUGUGUGUGAACAUCUGAAGGAGGUUUAUCAGAAGGGACCAGCGAUGUGCGAGGCGGCGAACCACCUUAUGAGGACACGUAGAGCGUUCGAGGCCGAGACUCAGGAGUCAGAAGCAGCUCGAAGGUCUGAGGAGGCAGUCAACGCUACAUGUCUGCACGCACGCACAAACAAGCACACACACGUACGCACACACGUACGCACGUACACACACACACAUGCACGCACACACACACGUGCACGCACACACACAUACGCGCACACACACGUACACACACACACACAAUGGAAAUGAACGAAGCAAAAUGCUUUGAUGUUUGGUCACGAGUUGCAUUUUGAUCGAUAAAAGGUUCCUCGUCACUGAGAUGAUACCCCGCCUGUUCCACGUCACUUUGAGAUGAUGCCCCGCCUGUUCCUCGCCUGUUUGUUUCCUGCGGAGUGAUUCUAAUGUGAAAUGCUUCGACCAAUCAGAUUCCUCACGUCAUAUUUCCUCACUUGUCGGGGUUUCUCUCAUGACAACCUUUAACCUUUAACCUCCCGUUAGCAGAUCGUGUCACUAGCAGAUCCAGUGCAGCUAUCGGCUCUGUGAUUGGUCGAAAAGUCAGUCGGCAAUCUCCCUUUGAUGUAUUUUUAUUGAGAUACAGAAUUCUACCUAACAACAGCAAUGCUCUGAAUCCUGACGAGUUGACACGACACACGCGAAACCUGAACAAAAUGUUUUUUCAAUAAAUACUCAGAAUAUCAAACUAAA